CGAUUUUUGGUUAUAUAAUCCAAAUCAGCGAUUUCGUCUCCUUUAAAUCAAUCAAUGUCGUCGUCUCCGGAAAAGAAGAAGGAGAAGAAGCUGGAGGAGGAGCUCCCGUCGACACCGCAACCGAACCCAACUCCAUCACUUCCCGAUGAAUUGCUAACAAGCUGCAUCGCACGCCUCUCAAGAUUAUACUACCCGACUCUCUCCCUCGUCUCCAAGAGCUUCCGAUCACUUCUCGCCUCGCCGGAGCUAUACAAAGCCCGAUCACUCUCAUUCCGCACCGAGAGCUGUCUCUAUCUCUGCCUAGAGUCAUCCUCUGACUCUCGCUGGUUCACCCUCUGCCGAAAACCUGAUAAAAACAAAUAUGACGUCAGCAAGAACAAGAAGACCAAUGAUGACGUCAGCAAGAACAAGUCAACUAGCUAUGCUUUGUGUAAACUCCCAUCUCUCCACUCUCCUCCCGCCGUGUUUUCCGGUCUCGUCUCCGUCGGUUCUGACAUCUACAACAUCAGAUCCUCCUCUAACGUCUCGGUUCUCGACUGUCGGUUUCACACGUGGCGCAAAGCUCCGAGCUUGCCUGUGGAGCUGAUGUCGCUCUCCGCUUGCGCCGUUGACGAAAAGAUAUACGUGGCGGGGAUCCACGGCGGGUCGCUGAAGAACGCGUCCAAGGUGUUGGACGCAAGAACGCAAACAUGGGAUCACGUGGUCUCCAUCCCUUGCAGCCUGACGAGACGCGGCGCUUUGAACAUGAGGAGCGUUUGUAUCGACGGGAAGCCGCACGUGGCGACUGACGAUGGUGUGGUUUGUUAUAACUCCCAGGUAGGUAAGUGGGAACUGGGGGAAGCAAAGAUGGGUUCUUUUAGGUUUUCGGAUUCUUACUGCGAGGUUGAGAAUGUUUUGUACUCUGUUUGCGAUGGAACGUUGAGGUGGUACGACGGUGAGGUGAACGUGUGGAGAAGUUUGGAGGGUUUGGUCGGACUGCCUAAGUUCUUGCCUGGUGUUUCUGUUAGAUUGUGUGAUUAUGGUGGUAACAUGGUUGUCGUGUGGGACAAGAACAUGCUCUCUAGUGGCGAGAAGAAGAUUUUGUGUGCUGAGAUUGCGCUUGAAAGGCGUGGAGUUUGGGAAAUUUGGGGAGGAGUUGAGUGGGUUGAGCAUGUGCUUACAGUUCCUAUAGGUUAUUAUAUCGUCAAGGCUCUUUCUGCUAUGGUUUGAUGAAUGUGUAUCUGCAAUGUGUGUGAUAUUUUGGUAUUUGCUGACUUUGUAUUAUGUAUAAAUGUACUCGUUCACUUUUUGUA